UUCAGGGCACUAUGGAAAUUGUGACGCUUUUCAGAAUUCGAAAUGUGUUCUGUAAAAUUAAUUUCAGACAGUAAAACAUAGUUUGAAACCUUUCUCCAUACAUAGAAUACACGUAGAAUCCUCAGCAAACACAUGGAACCUUCAAGGAAAAGGAAAUGAUAGAAUGACAAUCAUUUAUUUUGGCAAAAAUACACUUCUGAGUUGCAUUUAAAUACAGAUUAACAUUUUAAAAUCAUGUAACAGGAAUGUUGGUGUUUACAUUUAAAAAAGAUCAUACAAGACAUACAAUACUCAGCAAAAAAUAUAUCUAUAUAUCAGAUAAUGUUCUUAUAGUAUCUUAUCAAUGUCAAUGAAUGGUGAUUCAGAGACGAUCUCAUUAAAAUGGAACUGCAGUUUUUGAAAAACAUUAGAACUGCCUUCAAUCCUGCUCAUAUUCAGAUAGCACUUGAUGGAACUUACUUGGCACUUCCAUUGACUCGUACAACUGUGGGUGUGUGGAGUUUGCAAGAUCUGUCUUUCAAGCCGUUGGAACUUGAAGGUCAUAGAAAAACUCUGAGAUGCAUGUGUUUUGGACAUGGAUCACAGCCAAAGUAUAUAUGCACAGCUGCAGAUGAUUAUGUCAUUGUUUGGAAUAUCCAUCUUGCCAGACAAGCAGUCAGUAAAGGUAAUCAAGUGAAAGGUAAAGUGAUAGGAACAACAUUAGGAUGUAUACAGUAUUGUUCAUUCAGUCCUGAUGACAAACUGGUGGCUGCUUGUUGUGAGAAUGAUGUCAUCAUUCUUGAAAUUAAGAAUGAAAAGGUACUAGCUACAGUGGAAGGUCACACUGCAAGACUAACAGGUGCAGAAUUUUGUCCACACUAUACAUCAACUCUGGUUACAAUAUCAGAAGACAGAACAUUUAAGGUAUGGGAUAUUAGUGAUUUUAGUUUAGUGUACCAAUCACAGAUCAUCACAGCCUCACCAUUUAUAAGUCUGUCAAUGAACAUAGAAAAACCUCAGGUGGCUAUUGGAACAGCUGAUGGUCAGGUAAGGGUUUAUGAUUUAACAGAUGGAAAUGGAUUUAGAUGUCUGCAUCAGCUUGAUGUAGAGAAAAUAGUUAGAAAACAGAAAGAGAAGAAAUUUAUAGAACCACAGCCAAGUCAAGGCCCUGUCAAAAUAAGCAGCAGACCCUCAUGGAAAAGACCUGACCAAUCAGAAGAAGUUGAAAUAGUCAGUGCAGAAGAUGAAAUAGAAACAGGAAGUGCAAUAUUAGGACUACAUUUUACUUACAGAUCCCAGAAUAAAUCAUCAAAUUCAUCAUCAUCAACUCCUUCAUUUCUACGUCAUGAAAACACAUUAUUGAAUGAUUUACUAGAUGCUGCACCUAUGUUAUGUAUUGGUACAACUGGUUCCCUAUUACAAAUCAAUGCCAAAACUUUGGAUGUUUACAAAUACUUUGAUCUUCAAGAUGAUAUUUUGACUGACAUCCUUGACAUGGAAACAGUAGUGUUAAAUGCAGCUGGCUCUGUAUAUUUUAGCCAAGGAUCCUCACCAGAUCAGAUUUGGUGCAUUGUGGGAAGUCACUUUCAAAACACAGUAAAUGUUUUGCAAUGGAAGCAUGCAGCCAUUCACAAGGAUGAACCUGACCUUGCAUCUGCUAUGUCUGCUGUGUCUGUAGCACCCCAGUCUAGUACAGAGGGAGCCAACGGUGACAGCCUGCAGGAAGGGAAUAGUUUUGAAGGCAUUACAGUGUUAUCAAAUACUCCACUACUGCCAAAUUCAGCACUCAGAUCUGAAAUGGUUAAAAAGGUAAAGGAAGAUCCUAAAGCUAAAAAAUCAAAAGGAGCAACACCUAAGAAUAAGCCUGGUCAGAUGAUGAAAGAUCAGCCAAUCACAUUCCAUCACAAAGUGAAAUCCUCAGGUUAUACAGAGACACCAAGACAGACUCCCAUGUUCAAACCUCAGACCAAUUUUUCCAAGACAGCAUCCAGCAACAGUUUGUUGUCACACAGUUCUUCAUCAUCUAGUUUAGGGAAAUCAAUGGACAAAACUUAUCCAAUGAAAUGUGCUCCUCCUACAGAAUGUCACUGUAAAAUAGAUGUUGCAGAAAGACCUACACCUAUCAACAGAAUUAAAUUUUCAGAUGAUGGUCAGUACCUUGCCACAGCUUUAUCAAAUAAGUCUGGUCAUGUGUUCAAACUACCUCUGGGUAAUAAAGGUUUUAGUUGUACAGGACAUAAUAACAAUGUAAAUGGAAUAAGUUGGAGUCAUGAUGGUAACUGGUUGUUAACCUCCUCGGAUGAUAAGUCAGCAUUCUUAUGGAGUAAAGGACAAUCAGAUCCAAACAUGUGUAUCAAAACAGUUCUUCAUAACAUGUCUACAGAUAAAGAUGCACAGAAAAAGGAUAAGGAUAAUGCUGCCUUCCCAAAAGAAGUUAAUUUUGCAAAAUUUUACUACAUGGACAAGUUUAUAUUACUGACAUCAGGGAAUACUUUAUACAUGUACAAAUAUCACUUAGAGCAAACAAAAGAUGAUAUUAAAAGGUACUUGAGUACUAGUAAAUACAAGCAGGUUACGUCAUUAGCCAUUGAGUCCCAACAGAUUACGGCCGCAUCAGCUGUCAAUGGCUUCUAUUCUUAUAUUGUUAUGUGUGCUGGGACCAAUAAAUCUGUUACCGUGUUUGACAUGAAUGUGGGUAGGAAUGUUAGAAUAAUGGCCGAUGUUCAUACCAGACCAGCUCAUGUCAUUUGCCAAAAUGAGGGAUCAACAUUUGUGUCACAUCCAUCAAGCGCCUAUGAUUUGUUUGUGACAGCUGCUGCAGGGGACUGUAUUAAAUUAUGGGAUCUCAGAGCAGACAGGUGUGUAAGAAGAUAUGAAGGCCACCAGAACAGAGCCUAUACUUGUGGCUUAGACCUAAGUCCAUGUGGAAGAUAUCUGGCUACUGGAUCUGAAGAUAAAACAGCAUACAUCUUUGAUCUAAGAGCUGGAACCUACUGCAGUAAGUUAGGUGGACACAAUGAUACAGUGUCAGAUGUAGCAUUUCAUCCAUUAUAUCCACAGCUUGUAACCGCUACUCUUGAUGGAAAAUUAAGACUUUACAAGGAUAAAUAAGUCACCUAGAUGUGUGUCCAGCAAUACAAUAUAAUGAAAUAGAGUGUGAAGCUAACACCAGAGACAAAGGAGAACUAUCAGAAUAAAUGAUACUUCAUUUAUUAUGACUGCUUGUGAAGAUUGUGUAAUUGAUGAAUCAUGGUGCUUGUUAUCAUAGGAACAAAUUGUGCUUUUGCACAAGUGUUGUUUUUCUCCAUGGAUUUGGACAAAUUUCAUAUACACUUGGAAAACUAACAUUUUUGACAUAAGAAGUCAAAACAUACUUCUUUCAUAGAUUCCAGUUCAAAAGAAGUGUGUACAUUCAUUGUAUUGUGUCAAAAACUCAUGAAAUGUGUGUGUCUUGGCAGCCAGGCUCUAGUCAUGCAGACCGAGUCCAAGUGAACCCAAAGAACGAACAAAGUUUGAAUGCUUCCAUAAUUUUUUUGUCCUAGUUACAGACAGACCUGUACCUCAGUAUUUUUAAAUGACAUUGGAUCAGUCAAAAUAUGGCUUAUGCAUAUUUAUAUGGAAUUAGCCACAUGUUUUAAAAGAGUUUCUCUUGUUUACUAAAGUUUGUAAUCCUGAACCAGCUCAAAUCUGUUCCCCAAUCACAGUUGAACUAAGUCUAUUACUAUAAGAGUAUGUAUGCGCUAUAUACAUUCCAGGACACUUACUUUAUUCCGUCCCUGAUUAACUGGUGUGAUCUCAGAGUAAUCAAAAUUUUCAUUAUACAUUUGUUUGUUAUUCAUAUUUUUACAAUGUGUUCUCACUGCUUUUAUAAAGCACUGCCUGUUGAAGAGUGAUAUGAUCAAAUAAAAUAUAAAGAUUUGUAA